UGGCUGAAGAUCCUGUGAGACUUCCAGGGGCUGCGCUCUUAUCCCUUCCUCGUCAGCAAAAAUGGGCCACUUCCAUGAGGGACCCUGCGGCGCUGGCCUGAAUGCCUGACUGCCACUCACCUCCGGAGAAUACGGUGUCUGAAAAGUGGCAGUGACAAAAGAAGAGACUCUCCUGGCUGAGGCGCUGGUUCAUGGAGAGAAGGAAGGAGGCAUUUUCUUAAUUGGUACCAUAUACAUCAGAUGGAUGGUUUCUAGCCUGCUUCCAAACCCCACCUCAGCUGAGUGCUGGGCAGCACUUCUACAUGAUCCUAUGACGCUUGAUAUGGACGCAGUCCUGUCAGACUUUGUUCGGUCCACGGGGGCAGAACCUGGUCUGGCCAGAGACCUGCUGGAAGGCAAAAACUGGGACUUAACAGCUGCUCUGAGCGACUAUGAACAACUCCGACAGGUGCACACAGCCAACUUGCCCCAUGUGUUCAAUGAAGGGAGGUGCCAUAAGCAGCCUGAGCGAGAGCCACACCAGCCGGGGCACAAGGUGGAGCGGCCUUGCCUGCAGAGGCAGGACGACAUUGCCCAAGAAAAGCGACUUUCCCGGGGGAUUUCACACGCCAGCUCAGCCAUUGUCUCCCUGGCCCGCUCCCACGUGGCCAGUGAGUGCAGCAAUGAGCAGUUCCCCCUGGAGAUGCCGAUCUACACGUUCCAGUUGCCGGAUCUGAGUGUGUACAGCGAGGACUUCAGGAGCUUCAUCGAGCGGGACUUGAUUGAGCAGGCAACCAUGGUCGCUUUGGAGCAGGCGGGUCGCCUGAACUGGUGGUCCACCGUGUGCACAAGCUGUAAACGGCUUCUUCCUCUGGCCACGACAGGGGAUGGGAACUGCCUGCUGCACGCAGCCUCACUGGGAAUGUGGGGUUUUCACGAUCGAGACCUGGUUUUGCGGAAAGCUCUCUACACCAUGAUGAGGACGGGUGCUGAGCGAGAAGCCCUGAAGCGGAGGUGGAGGUGGCAGCAGACGCAGCAGAACAAGGAGUCAGGGCUGGUGUACACGGAGGAGGAGUGGGAGCGAGAGUGGACGGAGCUGCUGAAGCUGGCCUCCAGCGAGCCGCGCACGCACUUCAGCAAGAACGGGGGCACCGGUGGUGGCGUAGACAACUCCGAGGACCCUGUGUACGAGAGCCUGGAAGAGUUCCACGUUUUCGUCUUGGCCCAUAUCCUACGCAGACCGAUCGUCGUGGUGGCAGACACGAUGCUGAGGGACUCGGGAGGAGAAGCAUUCGCACCCAUCCCCUUCGGAGGCAUUUACCUCCCGUUGGAAGUCCCUCCCAACAGAUGCCACUGCUCGCCUCUGGUCCUCGCCUACGAUCAAGCGCAUUUUUCGGCCCUUGUGAGCAUGGAGCAGAGAGACCAGCAGAGAGAACAAGCUGUGAUCCCCCUGACAGAUUCUGAGCACAAGCUGCUGCCCCUGCACUUUGCAGUGGACCCGGGGAAGGACUGGGAGUGGGGGAAAGACGACAACGAUAAUGCCCGGCUGGCCCACCUCAUCCUCUCUCUGGAAGCCAAACUGAACCUCCUGCACAGCUACAUGAACGUGACAUGGAUCCGGAUUCCCUCCGAGACGCGGGCUCCCCUGGCACAGCCGGAGUCGCCCACGGCCUCGGCGGGGGAGGACGUGCAGUCUCUGGCCGACUCCCUGGACUCGGACCGCGACUCCGUGUGCAGCAACUCCAACAGCAAUAACGGCAAGAGCGGCAAGGACAAGGAGAAGGACAAGCAGCGCAAGGAGAAGGACAAAACGCGCGCGGACUCCGUGGCCAACAAGCUGGGCAGCUUCAGCAAGACCCUGGGCAUUAAGCUGAAGAAGAACAUGGGCGGGCUGGGCGGCCUGGUGCACGGCAAGAUGGGCCGCUCCAACUCGGCCAACGGCAAGAACGGCGACGCGGCCGAGCGCGCCAAGGAGAAGAAGGCCAAGUCGCGCAAGGGCAGCAAGGAGGAGUCGGGCGCGUCGGCCAGCACGUCGCCGUCGGAGAAGACCACGCCGUCGCCCACGGACAAGGCGGCGGGCGCGUCGCCGGCGGAGAAGGGCGGCGGGCCGCGCGGCGACGCCUGGAAGUACAGCACGGACGUGAAGCUGAGCCUCAACAUCCUGCGCGCCGCCAUGCAGGGCGAGCGCAAGUUCAUCUUCGCCGGGCUGCUGCUCACGAGCCACCGGCACCAGUUCCACGAGGAGAUGAUCGGCUACUACCUGAGCAGCGCGCAGGAGCGCUUCAGCGCCGAGCAGGAGCAGCGGCGCCGCGACGCCGCCGCCAACGC